AUGAAUAUAAGUAACGUUUGGGAUUUAGUUGGUGAAGAUAAAAAACCAGGUGGAUCAUUAACACCAUCAUCAACAAGAUGUGCUUCAGUUGUUCCAGAAGGUACUCCAUCUAAUAAUGAUCAAGUUGUUGAAAUAAAUGGUAAUCAAAUAGAUGAAAAUGAAUUAAACAAUUUAAUUGUUGAAGCUAAUACUAUUAAACCAAAAGAAUGGAAAAAAUUAAAAAUUUUAAGAAAAUAUUCAACUGAUUUAUUAAAUAAAUUUGGUGUUAUUAAAAAAAAAUUUAAUCCAAGUGCUUUUUUGAUACGAUCUCGUGAUUUAGAUUUUGAAGAAUUAUCUUUAUAUUGUAUUCGACCAUCACCUAGUGUAUAUAUGAAUUACGAUGAUAGUAGAGGUACAUCAAUCCCUAAAGUUGUUAGUUCAACAUUACUUAAAGAUGUUCUAAAAAUAGAAGAAUCAUCACCAAUUGUUACUGAACGUUUUGGUAAAAGACAAUUUUCUUUAGCUGAUGAUGAAAAUUUUUAUGCAUUUUUAUCAUAUACUGAUCAUCAUAUUUUUGAACGUCGAAAAGAAUAUGAUCCAUUUUGUCCAUUACAUGGAUCUAAAAGAAAUUUAAGAAGACAUAAAAAUACCGUAGAUAUGAGAACAUUUGUUGAUAGUGUUGAUUCAACAGAUAAUGAAGCUUUAAAUCCUAUUUUACAUAGUCAAGCAUUUUUAGCUAAAAUAAUAAGAAAAAAAAAACGAGAAAAUUUACCAAGAGAAUUAAGAAUUCUUGUUGAUAAAGCUAGAGCAAAAAUAAAAAUAAAUUUAUGGAUUAUAUCUGUUGCUUUGUUAUUUCUUUAUAUUGCUGUUCAUGGUUUACAAAAUCUUCAAUCAUCAAUUAAUGGUAAUCUUGGUACUGAUUCAUUAGCAAUACAUUAUUUAUGUAUGGCAUUAUCAUCAUUAUAUUUUCCACCUGUUAUUAUUCAUCAAAUAGGUUGUAAGCAAACAUUAAUUUUAGGUAUUCUUCUUUAUAUUUGUUAUAUGGGCGCAAAUUUUUAUCCUAGUUAUUAUUCAUUGAUACCUGCAUCAAUUUUAGCAGGUUUUGGUGGUGGAUGUUUACGUGCUGCACAAUGUUCAUAUAUAAUUGAAUGUGGAAUAAAAUAUGCAAAAAUUAAUGUUGAAGCGGGAAUGACAGUAAUUGUUAGAUUUUUUGGUUUUUUCUUUAUGAUUGUUCAUCUUGGACAAGUUAUUGGUAAUAUAAUGUCAUCAUUAAUAAUAACAGCUGCUGUACCAUAUACUGUACCUCUUCAUAUGAUUGAUAGAACUUGUGGUAAUGGAUUUAUUGAUAAUGUUACAUAUUUAAGUGAACGUGCCAAUGAAAAUUUACAAUCACCACCAAGAAAAGCAAUAUCAUCUGUUUUUGGUGUUUAUAUUUGUUGUUCAAUUAUUUCAGUUAUGAUAAUUGCUUUAUUUUUAAAUGCUCUUAAAAAAGAUGCUAUAAUAAAAAAGACACCUAUUAGUUUUAAACCAGAAGUACUUAAAUCAGCUAUUCUUAAUUUAAAAUGUAUAAAAGUUAUCCUUCUAAUUCCUUUAACAAUAUUUAAUGGAUUUGAGCAAGCUUUUAUUGUUGGUUUAUAUACAAAAGCAUAUGUUGGUUGUGGUUUAGGAAUUAGUCAAAUAGGUUUUGUUAUGACGUCAUUUGGUGUUGCUGAUGCAAUAUGUAGUUUGGUGUUUGGUCCUUUAAUAAAACUUUUUGGUCGAAUGCCACUAUUUGUUUUUGGUGCUGUUAUUAAUAUGCUUAUGAUAUUAACAUUAUUAGUAUGGCCAAUAAAUCCUGGUGAUAUACAAAUAUUUUAUGUUAUUGCUGGAGUUUGGGGUAUGGCUGAUGGUGUUUGGAAUACACAAAUAAAUGGUUUUUGGAUAGCAUUAGUUGGAAAUGAAGGAUUAGAUCAUGCUUUUGCACAAUAUCGUUUUUGGGAAAGUAGUGGUUUAGCAAUAGCUUUAUAUUUAAUGAAAUAUACAAAUAUUCAAAUUUUUUUAAUCAUAUCGUUUUUAAUACUCGUUUUUGGAAUGAUUUGUUAUUUUAUUAUUGAACUUUUUGAACCAACAAAAGGAUAUGUACAACAACUUCUUAGUGUAUUUAAAACAAAAGAAAAAACACCAAUUGAUGAAAAAGUAUAG